UAUAAUGCGAAGUGUGCCAAAGACAUGCGUAGGUUAGGAAAUAUAUUGGUUGAGGAAUUAAAAGAAGCGCGAGAUGUUCUGGUGGGCUUGAUUCAGGCUGAAAUGUGGGAGGCCGAGAUCAGAAGACUAAGGAGCAAACAAGAGGUUGCAAAGGAAUCUAAGCUAGUUGGACUUAAACCAUAUUUGGACGAACACGGACUGAUAAGAGUGGGAGGCAGACUGGAUCACUCAUCGCUAACUCAAGAAAUAAAGCAUCCGUUGCUGCUUCCUGCGAGUCAUCACUUCACAAGACUGGUUAUUCGGGACAGACAUGAAGGAUUGUUCCAUGCUGGGAUUAACGCUACUUUGGCAUCAGUAAGGGAGGAGUUCUGGCCGAUACAUGCCAAAAGCGAGGUAAAGCAAUGCUUGAGGGUUUGUGUAACAUGCCGUAAGGCCAAUCCUACCCCUAUACAACCAUUAAUGGGACAAUUGCCGGAGGCGCGAGUGAACAUCUCCAGACCAUUCUCCAAGGUAGGAGUUGAUUAUUGUGGUCCGCUGUUCGUGCGCGAUCGAGUAAAGCGUAAUAGCAAGCAAUACAAGGCUUACGUGGCGAUAUUCGUAUGCAUGACCACUAAAGCCGUGCAUAUUGAAUUGGUGGAGGAUAUGACGACUGAGGCGUUCAUCGGAACUUUGAAGCGGUUCAUAGCAAGAAGAGGGUUGCCGUCAGAUAUAUAUUCCGACAACGGGCGAAACUUCGUGGGUGCAGAGCGUGAGAUACGACAGCUGUUUGACGAUGCAGAGUUCAAGAGAAGAAUCCAUGAAACGACGUCUAAGGAAGGCAUAUCAUGGCAUUUUAUACCCGCCAGAGCACCACAUUUUGGAGGGUUGUGGGAGGCAGCUGUAAAGGCGAUGAAGCGUCAUCUAAAGCGCACAGUUGGAGCCGCAUCACUCACCGUUGCAGAAAUGAUAACCGUGUUGAGCCAGACAAAGGCAAUCCUAAACUCCAGACCUCUCACUCCAAUGUCUGAUGAUCCUAGGGAUCUGGAGGCUUUAACGCCUGGCCAUUUUUUAAUAGGAAGUGCAAUGAAGUCAUUACCGCAGUCGAGUGUUCUAGAAAUACCCAUAAAUAGACUGUCAAGACGGUAGCAUACCGACCGGAUUCAUCAACGAUUGUGGUCCAGAUGGUCGAAAGAAUAUUUGACCACGUGUCAGAAGCGAACAAAAUGGAAGAUUGAUGCCAAAUCCCCACUUCGAAUUGGGCAGUUAGUGAUGAUGAAGGAGGACGAAGUCAUGCCGUGGAAGUGGACUCUAGCUAGAGUAUUAGAAGAGCAUCGGGGCAAAGACGGAAUCGUACGAGCAGUUACCGUGUGUACGGCUAGAGGAAAUUUCAAACGUCCCGUGGUAAAGAUGGCACCAAUCUCGAAGGAGUAGACCUAAGAAUGCCUGCGCAGGGCAAACUUGUUGUAUCAGAAUUAACCGUUUCUUUUCCUUUUAUUGAUUCGUUUAUUGUCGAUUGAUCGUUUGGUUUAAAAAACAGCGAGAAUAUUUCUGUAUGUUAGCUAUUAGUCAGUUAUUAUGUUAUGUAUGUUAAUUAUUAAUUACCGAUGAUCAAAAUUACUCGUAUAGUAAGA